UUCCGGCUUUGUGGGUUUCCGCUUUCCGUCAGCCGGCAAAACAAAUCCGAAAUCCGCAAAUCUCUGCACGUAUGCUCUUUUUUCUUUUUAACGGCAAAGGAACUUCCCUGUUACGCUGAACAGUGCAUAGAAGCAUGGUGCGGAAAGUAGUUGUUGCUGACGACAAGAAAGAUUUACUUGCCCGUCUACAACAAUUCAUCCAAGAUGUUGCGGACAACCUACCGUCAAGCGAAACCUAUGUCAAAGUUGGCCUUUCGGGUGGCAGUAUGGUCAACAUGCUCAGCAGUGUGCUUCCUGCUGUAAAGACAGAUUGGAUGAAGUGGAGGUUUUUCUUCUGUGAUGAGAGACUUGUUCCAUUUAGCAGCAAAGACAGUACAUUUGGAUGCUACAAGACAGAGCUGAUUCCAAAGCUUGGGCUCACGGAGGACCAGUUUAUCACGAUCAAUCCAAUACUUACAGGUUCCGAUGCUGCUAAAGAUUAUGCGGACAAAAUGUCCGUAUACUUUAAGGAACUACCAGUGUUUGACUUGCUGCUCCUCGGAAUGGGUCCAGAUGGGCACACCUGUUCCCUGUUUCCUGGCCAUGCACUCCUUACUGUAAAUGACAAGUGGGUAGCAGAAAUAGUGGACUCUCCAAAGCCGCCGCCGUGUCGUAUAACGUUAACACUGCCUGUUAUAAACAAUGCAAGGCUCGCAUUAUUUCCCAUUAGUGGAAUUGAAAAGGCCCCCACUGUCUUGAAAGUGCUGCAUCCCGAUGCAGAAGACAAGCCACUUCCAGCAGCACUUGUGCAACCAUCAAAGGGUGAUGUUGUCUGGCUUCUUGACAGUGAUGCUGCGAAAAUGCUUCCAAAAUAAUACUUGUACAGAUGCCUCAUGAGCACCUACAACAUACAAGAUUGUUCAUCUUUGCCGGAAAUGUUUCUGAAUAAAAGUGUAACGUCAACACAUGCAACAAA